CAAGGGGUAGAUGGUCGGGGAAGUUCGACAAGCGCUCAGCGUAUUCAGGAUUCUCGUGGUCGUGAGAAGAGUAGGAGGUAAAGAUGUCGGAGCGAAAAGUUUUAAACAAAUACUACCCACCUGACUUCGACCCUUCAAAGAUCCCCAAGCUCAAGCUGCCCAAAGACCGGCAGUACGUGGUGCGGCUGAUGGCCCCCUUCAACAUGAGGUGUAAGACGUGUGGAGAAUAUAUCUACAAGGGCAAGAAGUUCAACGCCCGCAAAGAGACGGUGCAGAACGAGUCCUACCUGGGCCUGCCCAUCUUCCGCUUCUACAUCAAGUGCACGCGCUGCCUGGCAGAGAUCACCUUCAAGACAGACCCCGAAAACACAGACUACACCAUGGAGCAUGGAGCCACGCGGAACUUCCAGGCUGAGAAGCUCCUUGAGGAGGAGGAGAAGAGGGUGCAGAAGGAACGGGAGGAUGAGGAGCUGAACAACCCCAUGAAGGUGCUGGAGAACAGAACCAAGGACUCCAAGCUGGAGAUGGAGGUUCUGGAGAACCUGCAGGAGCUCAAGGACCUGAACCAGCGGCAGGCCCACGUGGACUUCGAGGCCAUGCUGCGGCAGCACCGCCUGUCGGAGGAGGAGCGGCGGCAGCAGGAGCAGGAGGAGGAGGAGCGGGAGGCGGCGGCCUUAGUGGAAGAAUCUAGGAAACGAAGACUCCUGGAAGACUCCGAUUCAGAGGAGGAUGCUGCUCCCACCCAGCCCCAGCAGGCCCUCCUGCCCAACCCCACCGCCAUCCUGGACGAGGCCCCAAAAGCCAAGAGGAAGGCGGAGAGCUGGGAGCGCAGUGUGGGCACCUUUGUCAGCAGUCCCCAGCUGUCUGGCCUGGUCGUGGUGAAGAAAACAGACCCGGGCCGCAGCAUCCGGCGAGGAGGGGUCCUGCCCGCCCCAGGUGCAGUGAAGAACGGGCAGGUGGCUGGCCCUGCGCCCCAGAUGUCGGGCACGUCCUCUCUGAGCCAGCUGGGUGUGUAUUCGGACAGUGAGGACAGCAGCGGCAGCAACUGAGCCCUGCCCCCAGGCCCUUCCCCAGGUCAAGAUCACACAGCCAGCUCCAGCCCAUCGUUGGGGCAGGAGGCCCUGGGACCAACCAGAGUCACCCCCGGACAAGCACAAAUGACCUCCAAGGCUGGUGGGGUCAGCAAGGGCUUCAGCUGAGGGACUCAGUUUCUCUCCCAUCCCCCCACCUCCCCCGCUCCGG